UGCAGGGCCGAGAGAGAAGCCUUAGGAGAUGCUGAGAUGGACGACAGCGCGGUCUCAGACACAAAUACCGCACGUUCACUGCCGUCCCCCCGGCCGGGCCGCUCUCCUGUCCCGGGCCAGGUGUUUUGCUGGCUCCUCGGAUGCGCCUGUCCCGUGUGCUCGGUUUGGCCCCGACCUUGGUGCGCUCAUUUUGCACCUCGUGUUCUUUUUAGCCGUCCCCCGAAAUCAGUUGACGCAGCUUCCCUACUGAGGGAGGCUUCUAGUUCCUCCUGGAAGGGCCCGAGCCCAGGAUCCACUACUAGGCACAUCAAAAGCCAGUUUCUGCGCGAUGCCGGCGUCCCGCGGUGCCGUGGCGUUGCCCGGCUCUUCUCCACGUGCCACGCGCGCCACCGGGAUAAACGGUUGCCAAUUCCCAAACUUGAAGAUAGUGUUAGAAGAUACCUGAACGCCCAGAAGCCUCUCUUAGAUGAUGACCAAUUCAGGAAAACGGAAGAAAUCGCUCGCCGCUUUGAAAGUGGGAUUGGAAGAGAACUGCAUAAGCAGCUAGUUGCCCAAGACAAGCAGAACAAACACACUAGUUACAUCUCAGGUCCCUGGUUUGAUAUGUAUCUAAGGGCACGUGAGUCUGUAGUUUUGAAUUUUAAUCCAUUUAUGGCUUUCAAUCCUGACCCCAAUGCUGAAUAUAAUGACCAGCUGACACGAGCUACUAACAUGACUGUUUCUGCCCUCCGUUUCUUGAAGACCCUCAGGGCUGGCUACCUAGAGCCAGAGGUUUUUCACCUUAAUCCAGCCAAAAGUGACACAGAGAUGUUUAAAAAGCUCAUUCGAUUUGUGCCAUCGUCCCUUUCCUGGUAUGGUGCCUACAUGGUCAAUGCUUAUCCCCUAGAUAUGUCUCAGUAUUUCAGGCUUUUCAAUUCCACACGGCUGCCGAAGUUCAAUAGAGAUGAGCUUUUCACAGAUGAAAAGGCAAAACACUUACUUGUGCUCAGAAAUGGGAAUUUUUAUGUUUUCAAUGUCAUUGACGGAGAUGGGAACAUUGUGAAACCUUCAGAAAUCCAAGCACACCUAAAAUACAUUCUUUCUGAUAGCAGUCCAGCCCCAGCCUUCCCUCUUAGUUAUCUAACCAGUGAAAACAGAGACGUGUGGGCAGUACUGAGGCAGAAGCUACUUGAUAAUGGCAAUGAAGAAGCCCUUCACAAAGUGGACUCUGCUGUCUUCUGUCUGUGUCUGGAUGAUUUCCCCAUUAAAGACCUUGAACACUUGUCCCAUGUCAUGCUGCAUGGAGAUGGUACUAAUCGCUGGUAUGACAAAUCGUUCAACCUUAUUAUAACCAAAGAUGGCACUUCAGCCAUUCAUUUUGAGCACUCUUGGGGAGAUGGGGUGGCUGUGGUGAGAUUCCAGAACGAGGUGUUUAAAGACAGCACCCAGGCACCCGCUGUUAGUCCACAGUCUCAACCUGCUGCUGUUGACUCUUCCCAAGCUGUGCAGAAACUUGAUUUUAACCUGAAUGAUGCCUUAAAAACAGGAAUUGCCAAAGCCAAAGAACAGUUUGAUGCUGCUGUGAAAAGCCUGACUCUUGACAGUAUUCAGUUUGAGAAAGGAGGCAAGGAGCUUUUAAAGCAGAAGAAGGUAAGUCCUGAUGCUGUGGCUCAGCUCUCCUUCCAGAUGGCUUUCCUCCGGCAGAAUGGCCAGACGGUCGCCACAUACGAGUCUUGUAGCACUGCAGCUUUCAAACAUGGUCGCACGGAGACCAUCCGUCCUGCCUCCAUCUACACAAAGAAGUGUUCAGAUGCUUUCCUCAGGGAACCUUCCAAAUACAGCAUAGAAGAUCUUCAACGGAUGAUCAUGGAGUGCUCCAAGUACCACAGCCAGUUGACAAAAGAAGCUGCUAUGGGUCAAGGAUUUGACCGGCACCUAUUUACCUUGCGCUAUUUGGCAAUGUCCAAAGGUAUGCCAUUGCCUGACUUCUACCAGGACCAAGCUUAUGCUCAGCUGAACCACAACAUUCUCUCUACAAGCACUUUGACCAGCCCUGCUGUGCAGUUUGGAGGAUUUGCGCCCGUGGUGCCUAAUGGCUUUGGUGUAGGAUAUGCAGUACAUGAUAACUGGGUUGGUUGCAAUGUUUCUGCUUACCCAGCCAGGAAUGUGAAAGAAUUCCUCCAGUGUGUGCAUCAGUCACUAGAGGAUAUUUUCUGUGUUUUGGAAGGCAAGCAUAUCAGUAAAUAGAUGUUACAAGGCUGAGCCACCUUUAACAUACUGUAUGAAAUGCUGGUCACUUCUGAUCAUGUGUGUUUGAAAAUUCCAGCCACAGCAUUUAGUGUUUACUGACUAUAUUCAGAGGAGCAAAUGAUGUGUCUAAUUUGCACUGAAUCUUAACUCCCUUAGAAUUACCUUGAAAAUCAUAGCCAUGAUAAGGAAAUCAAAUGCAGACUCCCGAAUAUGAGAUUCGGGAAAUACUAAUUCUUCAUAGUAUGAGAAUCAAGUAAUUACGUAUGGUGUGGACAUAAACGUAAUUUAAAACAAAACGUUAAACAUGUUUCUAGUCAAAAAUUUAAAUAUUGAUGAAUUUGAGCAUGUGAGAUCUGAGUGUUCAUACCUCCAGUGACAUGACAUCACUUUUGAACAGUAACUAAUUUUAAAACCAGCGUACUAAAAUUAAAGGCACAGUAAAGUUUGCACAGGUGCAGCAGGCUCCUUACUACUGCAUUUUCCUUGAUAAACUUGAAACCAAAUAUCAGACUAAUGGUGCCUUUCUUGUUGGAAAAAUGGAAUGUAAGAGAACUUUACUCUUUGUUUUCCCCCAAACAAUACCUCCUCCUGCAAUCAAAUGUUUCAUAACUGUUAAACUGAAUGUAAACUUUGUAUCCCAUUAAAGCUACCUAAUGAAGAGGUGCAGAAAACUGUUUUAAUAGCCUGUUGGGAAGGGGAACAUGGUAGUUUCUAGUGUUGCUAGUUUGCAUUUCUAAGCAAGUGGUAUACAAAGGCUGAGCAACAGUCAAUCAAGUGUAUACUUCUGUUUAGUAGCCCUUUUGGUAAGUUAGGUUCCCUUCUAAUCUGUUUCCUUUCCCUCCUUAAGCUUUGAUGACUCUCACACUUAACUCGCUUCUCCUUAAACUUCUUUAUAUACUGGUGCUGCUUUCCUUUCUAAACUCUUCCAUCCCAAAGUAUAUAUUGGCACCAGAAUGCUCUCCUUAAUAACGGUCUUGCAGUUGUUGUACACCCAAUAUCUUACUGUAUCACACGUUUUAGAGAUUCAGCUAGAACUUUCAGCUGAUAUGAAAGGCAAAUGCCAAGAUUACUUUGGUGUCUGUCAAUUUAAGAUGUCUUUAAAACAGGCAGAGAGCUUCCUGUGGGAGGAGUUCAAAACUUUCCAGGAGGCCUAGCAGGAUUUCCUGAAGAAUACUGGCAAUACUUGGAAACGGUCAGCAAGCACUUAAGAUCCUAGGCUGCUUGCAGAUGUUAAAAAAAAGCAAACAAAAAAUGGU